UAAUCAUCGGCUUGUCUUCUUCUUAUUAUCACGAAAUCUUCGAUUUAAUUUUUUUUUUAUUUUCACAUCAAAAUAAUCAUCAAAUCAGUUUUAAAUGACAUUCGAUUGGACUAAGAUGGAUUUCAUCGGAUUCGCAUAUUCUGCUUUAGUCGCAAGUGGUGGAAUUAUGGGCUAUGUUAAGGCCCAAUCAGUUCCAUCGUUAGCUGCUGGACUUACAUUUGGUGUUGUUCUUGGUGUCGGUGCUUAUUUAAAUUCAUUUUCUGAGCCACCAAAGCCCACUUUACAAUUUGUUACGGCUUCUGCUUUGGGUGGAUUAAUGGGAUACAGAUUCCUGAAUUCCGGAAAAAUCAUGCCCGCCGGUGUUGUCUUCUUAUUCUCACUAGGUGUCGUUGUAAGAGAUCUUAUCGUCUAUCGUCAAUACUUGCCUUUAAUAGGAAAGUAAAUUAAUUCCAAAAAGUCAUUUCCAUUCAUUUAAUUGAAAGUUGAAAGACAUUUACUUGAAUUUUCUAUCAGUUUUUUGAUGGAAAGUUGAUAACAUUUAGGAUGUCACACUAUCUCAGCCCCAAAAUUUAUGAUUGUCAAAGUUUUUAAAAAAACGUAUCGAGGUACAAAGUGGAACCAUAAAAUUAUUAUUGAUAUUUGUAUUUCUCAUAUUCCUCAACAAUUCUUUUGUAAACUUUAUAAGGAAAAAAACAAAUAAAAUAAAUUGUUUAAGGAAAAGAAGAA